AAUGACGUCACAUCAGCUGCUGAGGAAACACAGUUUGAUGAUAGCAAUUUAAGAGGUGAGAAUUUAAAAGACUAUUUUCUUUCUGUAAUAUAAUAUCAACGACGAAGAAUUGUUCUCGGUUUUAUAUAUACCAAUGUAUGAGCCUUUAUCUCCUUGUCAGUUGUGGGGCUUUAAUAUUAUUAUCAGUCAGAACCUUGAUGAAUUGUAUGAAGUUGUAUCAGUUUCGUAAACUUAAAUUGCAAUGUUAUAAUUUGGUUUCUGGUGGCAGAAAUUUAUAAUGAGAUCAAGGUAAAUUUUAGUGGAAGUAGAACUAAAGUCUGACUGAAAACCUAAAAUUAUAAUAAUUAAAAUUUUCUCCUUUGUAGCUAUUGCUGAGGUUUACAAAACUGAGGGUAACCGUGAAUACAACAAGAAGAAUUUCAACAACGCCAUUAAUUACUACACUGAAGGAAUUAAUGUCAACUGUAAGGAUCAAGAUCUUAACGCCAAACUGUACAGCAACAGAGCGGCAGCACAUUUUAAUUUGGGUAAGAAGUUGUAACAAACAUGUCGAGCAUUUAAAACCCUACUAUACUGCACCUUUUGACGUUUAGACAUUUGACAUUUUGACACGAGGAACGGUUUCUCAGGAAGUGGGCGGAUUGAGGUAUUUGAAAGGAUGCUUACAGGCUCGCCCCUCUCUCUCUUCCGACCGUUUUUCGCUCGUUCAGUAUUUCACUGCUCGCUGGCUUUUUUCGCUUGUCGACACUGACAGAGAGCAUGGCACAGGCCAGCUAUAAAUCGAUGAAAAAAAAAACAAAAAAACUCGGUCCGUAAUUUACAGAACACAUCUCAAUCUCGGGUAAUAAGAGGUAUUUUAAAGAGGCAGUCUCCCUAAAAGCGUUCCACUCGAUUUCGGAUUCGAAAAAACUUUUGCCCUAUAUUUUUAUCAUCAACACUACUAUCCAUCCUAAUAACGAAAUUGCAGUUAGAAUGAGGAAAUUGUUUAUUUUACUCCCAUUCCCAGCAUUUCAUUGCUGGACGACCGUUAGCGGCUAAAAUAUGCAAAUUUUAGAUGCCGUUUUACAGGUUUUUUAACGAUCGUUUAAAAGUACUUCGGGUCAUCAAAUCCUAGACUGUUCGCACUCAUUUAUUUGGAAGCAUAUUACGUCUUCUUUCUGUUCCAAUAUCAUUUAGGUAUUAUCUUUCUCUAAUCAGCAAAAACUGGUCGUCUUUUAUUAUUUCACUAACCCAAUUAAGAAGGCAAAAUGCACGAAUAAAUGCCUCAAAGAAAUCACAAAAUUCUCAAAAGUGGCACCUAAACUAGACCUAAAAACAGGUUUUAGUUAAAGAUUAAGAGCUAUUUUGUCAAGUUAUGAAAUAAAACUCGUGGCUCAACGCGAUUCAGAAUUGAAGGAUUCGACUUAAAUUUGCAUAUUAAUGCCGAAUUCACGUUGCGUGACACCGGCCGCUGUGGUAGUAAAAAAAUUCUUCAUGAUCCUACAAAUGGCAUUUUUUCUUUUCUUUUUUUUUUUUUUUUUGUUUACUUUAUCAACAAGAAAAAUCGGAAAUAGGUUAAGCUUAUAGAAGAUUAAGUUUACUUUUCAACUGUCCUUCGCAUUAAUAGUCUCGGCAGGCCGGCCGUCCUUUGUUCGACUCCCAGUAGAUGGCCUUCUUGGUAGUAGAGUGGGUCGGGAAAAAUACGCAUUACUCCCUAACCCACCCCCUCGCCCUUUUUUUACUCGCAUCUCUCAGAGGUUCGUCCCAUCAGUCUGAACGCCUGGAAGAGGCUAUUCGACAUACUUCAAUCGCGUUCUAAACGAACAUUUUUGUUUUACAGAUAACAUUAACGAGAACCAUGUUUCUCCUGUCUAGUGACAGGUGGAAGUAUUUACAUUUUGCAGCGAGAAGGUCCUUCACACAUUCACCUUUACAAUAUAUGAAUGGGACGAUGGUACACGGUAGUCCUUGAAGAAAAAUUAAGAAAAUAUGGACUGGAGUUCAAAGAAGUAAAAUCAACAACCCGCUAAGUCUCGUACGUAUAAAUUCUUAUCAAGUAAAAUUGUUAUUUGCCCUUAAAAAAAAUGAAAUCAGCUUUGAAACGUAUAUUGAAUUAAGUUAGUAUCCAGAUACCUUUAGGAAUUUGAUAUUAGUAUAAAUUUUUAGAUGUAUAAAUCUAGCGGCCUUCGAUCACAAAUCUGAUUGUCUUUGUACAGUGCUAGUGCUAGUGCUAUGCUGGUAAUGCUGUACGCUAUCAAUUCCGUGAUGGACAGUGAGUGAAGUGACUGAGUAGCCUUACAGUCUUCGGUUGUAACCUGUAUAUACUACCUCUAAAUAAAACCGUUCGCCUGUCAAGUUGUUAAGCUUUGAACGAUUAGGGGAUUUAUAUUUGACUAUUUUAGGGAAAUUUGUACCAGAUCUUCGUUUCGUCGCAUGCAAUCUCGCUCGUUUUUUGUUUUUGUAUUUUUUUUUUUUCAUAAGAUUUGUGAAGUAUUUGAGUCUUUUUACAUUUUUUGUCAUAGCAUCUCGGUAUGCUGAGACAUAAAAGCAAUAAGAUCCUCUCUGAGUGGCUUAACAACAUUGUCCGCAGUAGACCGGUGUAUCAAAUGAGCGCCGCACCGGAAUCACAAAAACCAAAUUGAUGAACGCAGUGUCGCCUAAUUUAGUAAAAUCGAUAUCAACAUGAAUUUGGAUCCACACGGAGGGUCCAAAGGCCGAUUAUUAAAAAACUGAUCCUAGAUCCUUCAGCUGUUGUUCAGAUGUAUGUAUUUUUGCAUCAUUAACGUGGUAGAAUGCAAUUAUGCUGCGUUGUAGAAGGCGUGAGAAAAGAAAAGACGUAAAAACAGUGUAGGGGUCUCGGCCUGGAGAAAUGUUCAUGCUGGGGAAACCUUCGACAAUGCCGGAUUCAAACUUCACGUCAGUUCUCACCUCUACUGAUUGUUCCGCGAAUUCAGAGGUUUUCGUCCACGUUGGGCUUCAAUAGAAAAUUCUGUCGGUGAAUUCUCCAUGGUACCAAACAAUUGUCAUGAGUACUCUGAGUAAUAUGCCUAAAGGCAGGUAAUCACGAUUUUGACAAUUUAAAUUCGACUCCACAAGGUUUAGAUAUGCACGCUUGUAUCUUGUGAUAUUCAAACCCGUGAGCUCAUAAAUGAUAUCAAAUGUGCAAGUGCAUCAGCUGACUGUGUAACUUCAUGCCAUUAUAAAGUGCAACAGUGAUUAAUAUCAGCAUAUUUGACUUGAAGCCACUUCCUACUUUUCGCCAUAACUUCAUUAUGCUUGGAUCUUCACUUCCCGCAUAUUUCUAAACAGAAAAAAAUUGAGUGGACUACUGAGUUUAUCAUUGUCUGAAUUUGAAAUUAUGAUAACGACAAUACCCAUUGGCCCUUUCGUCAUUAUCUUAUCACAGAUAAACGAACUAGUGAUAAGGAUUUUAGAAAUGAUUUUACGAUUUUAUACGUACGUGAUCCCAUUCUUUAAAAUAGAUGGUAUACGAUCUUCGCAAUCUCCAAACCAAUUACAUGCCUGCCCUUGGUCCUUAUAAUAUUCCUUUCUUGGUCCUCUAUGGGAAGAACGAGGUGGCCGCCAAAAUCGUCCGAGUUUAUAUGCCGAUAUUUGUGGGUAAUCCUCGGGAGGACUCCCAUAUAAACGUGAAGGGGCUGCUCGUCGGAAAAUUAAUUCAAACCCCUAAGGGAGGCCAAUGUGGGUGUGGCUCCAGCUUAAACUGACCCCUAAAAGGAGAUUUCUGUGAGGUCAGAGUCACGGCUUUUUUUUUUUUUUUUUUUUUUUUUUUUGCAAAUUUCUUUAUGCACAGCCCUAAGCGAUACCUGAAAGAGCAUAUUUAGUUUUUUUUCCGUCCCAAACAACCGAAGUGAGACCAAAAUCUGCAAACGACGAGCACCCGCGUCACUUUUGUAUGGGAGUUCUCCUUGGGAAGCAGAUCACCAUCUGUUCCACUUGAUAUUUCGUAAGGUCAAUAAUUACCAUCUUUUGAGAGUAUUGGCUCUGCUUCACUUAGUUCAGACUUCGAUGGAUCACAGGUUUCAUGGUGAGAAGUAAUGGUGUCCUGACUUUCGUCUACUUUUAUCAGUUGGGAAAAACCGCGUGAACUUCCACACUUAAUUUCUUGUUACUUUCCCUGAUGUUGCACGAGUCGAAAUUAAUGUUGAAACUUCAUUAUUUGCGUGUGCCAACUUCUUUAUUAACUGGCUGCGACACAAAAGUAGCCUUGGACUGCGGACUGUUUCUUGGAGCUUGAAACCAAAAGCUGACCACUCUUAAUAGGAAGAAACAGUCAGUAAAAGGAAGAAAACCUUCUAACUGAAAUUUCAUUAACAAAGGUGUAGCGGCCAACACAAGCGAAGCAAUUUACGACAACGACCUUGAGUUCGCAAGCGACGACACACUAUAAAGCGAGGAAAUAUUUUACGGACAAGAGUCUUGAAUCGUUUAUUCAACGUGAUCAUAGGAUCCAAGUCCUUAUCGUAAACUGAAACAUGAAAUACAAAAAAAGGCUAAGCCAAUUUCUAACGUACAAACUACAUUCCAAUCAUUCCAUUGCAAAGUUGCAAGUAACACUAAGAAGGUAAACGAAUCAAAAUUUUAAAAAAAAUUAUCGAAAACGAAUUAACAAGUACAAAAUUCGAGAUUAUAAAAAGAUACAUCUAAUAACAAAGCGAAAACAGUUCGAUAUACUAUAAAGAUCCGUAGAGUCAUAAGGUCGAAAUACAAAGAAAUUAUGAAACUAUAUAAAACAAAAGAGACAAACUACCGAAAAGAUUCUGAAAAACAAACUCUAAAACGUACUGAUAACCAAGUGAAAGGUGAGUAACAUUUUAAGUAACAUCAACCAACUUAUGUCACGUGGUAACAUAGUUGAGGAAAACAUGCGAUGAAAAAACUGGUGUAAGCUAAAGGAGUCUAUCGAAAAGGUUAGGUAUAAAAAGGAAACUUAAACACUUACAUAACAGUCCCGCUUGUAAGAGCUUGACCAAAAAACUCCAAAGAUAAAGUGGACAAACUGUUCUAACGACGAACACGACUUAUCGUUUGCCCAAACAAAGCCAACUAACAAAAAUGCGGUUUGAGCGGAACUUAAGUAAUCACGUCCCUAAUGGACAAGGAAUAACGUCAUCUUGCAGUUUAACGUAAUACAAUACAAAUUAAAUCAAUAACGAAUCAAUAUUCGGGAAUAACGCGUGGUAGUCGUUACAAAAGGUCUUCAAAUGUGGGCUCCUGAUCAGUGGAAGGUUCAUAAAGGAAAAAUAGUAAUUCGCCGUUCACAGUCCAGUACUAUCGCCCAACGUUAGUGAAUACAAGACAGUCUUGACGUUCUGGAUCCCAUUCCAUGUAUUCAGGAUUCCGGGUGCUGGAUUCCAGUCUUUUCCUGUGGAACUUGGAUUCUAGAUUUCAUUCCUUAGUGAGGUACUUGAGCUCUAUUCUGGAUUCCAAAGCCCUGGAUUUUGGAUUCCAUAAGCAAAAUUUCUCCUGAUUCUGGAUCCUACAAGCAAAAAUUUUUCAGAUUCCGGAAUCCGGAUACCCUUACAUGGGGGGAAGUACCAGUCAAACAUUUUCUGACCCGUUCACGCAUAUUUAAUUAAGCACUGGGAAAUUUACUUUUCUUUUAACCUUCGAUUUUAUAAUAUAAUGGAUCGGAGUAACUUCUGGUCAAUGUAGCUUUUUCAGACUGGACCACAUUUUAAGCUAGAAGAGGUUUGGUUCUGAAAAGGUAUUUUUCGUCUUGACAUAACAGACUUAACACGAAUGUUCACGGCAGUGGGAAAUUAAAUGAAGCUUGGAAAGGUAUCUUUUACUUGCUGAACUAAUUUUUGAAUAAUAUAUAUCAUUGGAAAAGGGAAAAGGGGAAUUUCAAUAUAGUUUUGGUGGGAAAAUGAGGCAUAUCUUACUUAAAAUUGGCAAGUAUUUGAAUAACUGAGGAUUUUGCUGUGACAACAGCCGGUAUCGUCACGCAACGCAAAUUGAACAUUUGCCUAAAUUUGACUUGAAACCUUCAACUCUGAAUCGCGUUGUGCCGCAAGUUUUAUUGCAUAACUUGACAAAAUAGCUAUUAAUCUUUAACUAAAACAUGUUUUUAGGUCUAGUUUAGGUGCCACUUUUGAGAAUUUUCAGGUGAUUUUGAGGCAUUUUUUCGCGCACUUUGCUUUCUUCAUUGGAUUAGCGAAAUAAAGAUGACCAGUUUUUGCUGAUUACAGAAAGAUAAUGCCUAAAUGGUAUUGGAACAGUAAGAAGAAGUAAUAUGCUUCCAAAUGAGUCCAAAUAGUCUAGGAUUUGAUGACCCAAAGAACUUUAGAACUAUCGUUCAAAAACCUGUAUAACAGAAACUAAAAUUUGCAUAUUUUAGCCUCUAACGGUCGUCCAGCAAUGAAAUUGCUGGGAAUGGCAGUAAAAUAAACAAUUUCCUCAUUCUAACUGCAAUUUCGUUAUUAGGAUGGAUAGUAGUGUUGAUGAUAAAAAUAUAAGGCAAAAGUUUUUUCGAGUCCAAAAUCUAUGGAGGCCCGUUCUGGUCAAAAUUAAUAUAAUAAAAUGGCAUCACAAGUGACUUUUUCGGCCAUUGCAGCAUUUAUUAUGGACCCGUUGUGUAUUUUUGUCAUCACUACACAGGACUUUUUUUGUGUGUUGUUACUUUUUUUUUGAGCUGCAUGAAUUAUUUUUUAUUAAGGCUGUUUACUUUUUUUAUGUUGUUGUAUGAAUAAAUUUUCAUACGUAUCACAAAUAAUUUUUUAGUGGUACCGCUAAUUAUUUUUAAUACAAGUAUUGAGAAUUAUUUUUUCAUCGUGCUGAUAAUUAUUUUUCGCUGUAUCGCGAAUUUAUUUUUGGGCCUACAAUGCUUUGCGGGCUUUGCAGUUGAAUUGGACUGGUUCGAGUCUUUGACUUCCUUGGGCGACCAUUUUGAAAACUUUGAAGUGGAGGAGUGCUUUGAAAGAGAAUGCCAAGGCGAAACAUUGUCAGAGAAAGAAACAAAAGAGGUUUUCAUCUUUCUUACAAAAUCUGUCAGGAGCUAGUAGUCUGUCGUUAGUGAUGAGGUUUUCUGGACCGAAGAUUUAAUAGAGGAGACUACGAAGGGACUUCACGUCUCGUACACAAUUCUAACCCUUAUUCGGAACAUGAUUGCCCGAUUGAACUGUUCUCUACCCGGUCUUGUACCUCUAGUGUUCGUCUCGUACUACACAUGCUGGCUUUCGGAACGAAGACGCAGAGAAUGAUAGUGUCCCCUACCCUGAAGUUCAGGAAGAAGCGCCCGAUUCUAAUACAGGCGGGCGAGCAUCAGAAGCAAAGCCAGAUGGACUCGAGGGAGAAGACCUUUGCUGAGUGCUAGUUAGACUAGACCUCACUAAAUGGUAAAUUCGAUUGAUUUAUCUAAUAUUUAUGUUAUGGCAUUCUUGGCUAUAUAUCUCAGGUGUCUGACGUUGGACAGACUCAUUCAUCUCCGAAUAUUAAAAACAUAAUAUUAAAAAUCAGGAACUACUAUACUGCCAUCGUAAAGGCACUCGAGCAAGUUCCCCAUGUUAGUGAGUUAGUGAGGUGUACUCUCACUAGCACUCUGCGAAGGUCUUCUAUCUCGAAUCCAUUUGGCUCUGCUAGUUCUUAUGCCUGCCCGUCAGUAUUUGAAUCGGGAGAUUUUUCCUGAAGUUCAGGGUAGAGGGCAUUCCAUUUCACAGCAUCUUCGUUCCGAAAGCCAGCAUGUGUAAUACGGGACGAAGAUUGGGUAGAGAACUGUUCAAUUGGGGAGACAUGUCAUUUGCAAUAAGCAGGGUGUCCAGCGGCAUGGUUGCUCAAAAAUAUAGGAAAAUAGGAGACUCAGCAUUGAGAAAAUAGGAAACUUUUAUUAAAAAAUAGAAGAAAAAUAGGAAAAUCAAUAGUACUUUUGUGGACAAAGAUAGCUUCCCUGCACCCCAUCAGGGUUAUAAUAAAGUCCUCAGAUUCUACGUUCGCAGGAUUGAGAUCAACUUUCGCGGCUAAGAAGGAGUAAAAAUGAUCAGUAACGUUUAGUUUAUUGCCUCAGUUACGCUAUAAUCAGAAUGAUAUGCUUGAGUACAGGUCGAGCGUGGUUCUAUAAUCAAAAGUGAUUAUAUGCAAAUUCCCCUCAAGUUGGCGGCAAAUCUUUGAAAAGCUUUGAAGAGUGAAAUUUCUUAGGAUAGAAAUUUCUCACGAUUGAGUUGUCAUUGAAGGAUAUCGAACUUGAACGUAAAAGUCCUAUGGAAAGCUCUCCUUCCAUUAAUCUGCAAUUAGUAGCUGGUUGAGAAUAUGCUUGUUUGAGUCAAAACACCGCAUAAUUUUAAGUACGAAACCAGGCUUUCUGCGGUGUACGCAAAAUGACACUGAUCUAUUUGGUACCAGAUUGUAAGUUUGUCAUGGUUAAGUUCUAAGAAACACUGCUUAGCUAUGACUGCAAGACCGGUUUUGCAACCAAAAUAUUGGAUCCUUCAUCAGUUGCUUAGGUAUAGCUGUUAGGAAGGGCUCACCAAGAGAGCUAGCGCCGUAAACUAAACUUUAGUCUGUUCUUUUCAUGUAGCAUCCAGAAUCAGCUAGUGAUCAUGAUUGGUUUUUAAAACAAGAUGCUGAUUGGAUUGGCCUGUGUUGUGAGAGGACAACUUGAUCCUGUUUUCAGUUUCAAAGAUGAACAUAAAAGCGAGCAAGACUUCAAAAUAAAAUAUAAUAUGUACAGAUACUGAAAUGCAGUUUCAGUGGGCUAUACACAAUAUUAAUCAAUAGUCAGGAGGAGAACUAUAACACUACAUACAAUACAUGCACAUGUAGGUACACUAGAAAAUUAUACAAAAACUAACGAUAUAACAAAAAUGUUAACAGAACUCUAACAGGCAAUAGAGGUCUUGGAAAGAACAAACGUAACUGUUUCACUCAAAAAUACAUACAAUUAUAGUUUCAUUUUCAAUUUUGUUACAGAUUUUAGCUUCACCGGCUAAAAAAUAGGAAAAAUAUGCGGUUUUAGUUUAAAAAUAGGAGAAAAUAGGAACAGGCCCAAAGAAUAGGAAAAAAUAGGAACUGGACACUCUGAAUAAGGGUGUGAAUUGUGUACGAGUCGUGAAGUCGCUUCGUAGUCUCCUCUAUUAAAUCUUCGGUCCAGAAAACCUCGUCACGAACGGCAAAGACUACUGGCUCCUGACAGAUUUUGUAAGAAAGAUGAAAACCUCUUUUGUUUCUUUCUCUGACGAUGUUUCGCCUUGGCAUUCUCUUUCAAAGCACUCCUCCACUUCAAAGUUUUCAAAAUGGUCGCCCAAGGAAGUCAAAGACUCGAACCACUCCACUUCAACUGCAAGGCCCGCAAAGCAUUGUAGGCCCAAAAAUAAAUUCGCGAUACAGCGAAAAAUAAUUAUCAGCACGACGAAAAAAAAAUUCUCCAUACUUGUAUUAAAAAUAAUUCGCGGUACCACUAAAAAAUUAUUUGUGGUACGCAUGAAAAAUUUAUUCAUACAACAACAUAAAAAAAGUAAACAGCCUUAAUAAAAAAUAAUUCAUGCAGCUCAAAAAAAAAAUAACAACACACAAAAAAAAUCCUGUGUAGUGAUGACAAAAAAUACACAACGGGUCCAUAAUAAAUGCUGCAAUGACCGAAAAAGUCACUUGUGAUGCCAUUUUAUUAUAUUAAUUUUGACCAGAACGGGCCUCCAUAAAAAUCGAGUGGAACGCUUUCAGGGAGACCGCCUCUUAAUAUUUUUUUCUAUUGAAAAUUAGCAUCGUUGACUGGUGCACGCAGAAACUUUCUAAGGAGUUUAGUUGUUAUUUGAACUGAAGUUGUUGCAGUGUGCCGUGUUGACUAAUCGUAUCCCCGCCCUUUGCUCUGUUAAACCUACCUGAGCUGUUCCAAAGUGUGUUCUGUAUUUUAUUUCCAUAGGUAACUACUCUGAAACGGUGAAUGAUGCAAAAGUUGCCAUUGAAUUUCAACCACAUUUUCUGAAAGCUUUUACGAGAGGUAAGAGUUAA